AUGCAGAUAUGUCUACGCUAUCUCGCUGACCCUGGGUACAAACAAGGUAUUGGUCAGGAGCUUGGUGUUAGUCAAGCAACGGUAUCUCGGACUGUGGAUAGAGUUGUGAACAGCAUAGUUGCACAGUCGAACGAAUUGAUCAAGUUUCCAACUACCAACCAUGAACUGAUGGAGGCCAAGCGUAUAUGGCUUAAGCAUGUAUACAUUUCCGACAGCAAUUGGUAUAAUUGA